CGUCCCUGCACCAGCAGAGCCUCGCUGAAGCCGUGGAAAUCCGUGGAAAAGUGCAUCGGUGGUGUGAUGAGACGAUCAGUGCGGUGAUAUUUGCUAUUGCUAUUGUACGUGACUACUGUUUUUAACGUGGAUAUUUGUGUGUAGUCGCGGCGCCCGGGCCGCGGCGGGUAUGCGGGGCGGCGCUGCGGCAUGAGCGUGGCGCGCCCGGCCGAGCCCCGCGACCCGCGCCACCACCGCUCUCACCGGCACCAGGGCGGCGGGCGCGGCCAGCGGGCCUCGGGCUCCAGCACGUCGGGCUCGCUGGGCCGCAGCGGCGCGCACUCCGACCCCGACCUCAACUUCCGGCUGCAGCCCAACCUCAACGUCGGCUGGGAAUCCUCGCCCACAUUGACGCUUAUAUCGUCGAAGGGCUCAGCGGAUUCAAACUAUUCGCAACCUUCGUCGGAGCUGUCGCUGGACGAAGACAAGGAGGCUCUGCGCCGAGAGAAGGAAGCGCAGGCUCUCUCCCAGCUCGACAAGGCUCGGUCGAAGCCGGUCGCGUUCGCCGUGCGUACCAACGUGUCUUACGAUGCCGCGGUGGACGACGACUCCCCCGUCCACGGCAGCGCCAUCUCCUUUGAGGUGCGGGAUUUCUUGCACAUCAAGGAGAAGUACGACAACAACUGGUGGAUCGGGCGUCUCGUGAAAGAGGGCUGCGACAUCGGCUUCAUCCCGUCGCCGGUGAAGCUGGAGACGGUGCGCGCCGGCCUGCACCGCGGGCGGUAUCCGCGCCCCGCCUCCGCCGCCAACCUCGCGCCUGACGCCAGCAGAGGUAGCACCCCUCCCACGCCCGAUGCCACUUCCUUCGACCGAGGCGAAGACUCGGACUCGGCCGGGCGCGGGCGCGGCGCCGGCGCGCUGCCCGCCAACAAGGAGAAGAGGAAACCCUUCUUCAAGAAGCAGGAGGCGUGCACGCCCUACGACGUAGUGCCUUCCAUGCGCCCCGUCGUCCUCGUCGGGCCCUCGCUCAAGGGGUACGAGGUCACGGACAUGAUGCAGAAAGCGCUCUUUGACUUCUUGAAGAGGAGGUUCGAGGGCAGGAUAAUAAUAACUCGAGUGAUGGCCGACAUAUCCCUAGCGAAGCGGUCGCUCCUCAACAACCCGUCGAAACGAGCUAUCAUGGAACGCUCCAACUCGCGUUCCUCAUGCCUUGCUGAAGUCCAGGCGGAGAUCGAGAGGAUAUUCGACCUGGCGCGAGGGCUGCAGCUGGUGGUGCUGGACUGUGACACCAUCAACCACCCGUCGCAGCUCGCAAAGACCUCCCUCGCGCCCACGAUUGUGUACCUGAAGAUAUCUAGUCCUAAGGUGUUACAACGGCUAAUCAAAUCUCGAGGGAAAGGCCAAAGCAAGAGUCUCUCCGUGCAAAUGGUGGCCGCGGAGAAGCUAUCACAGUGUCCUCCGGAUAUGUUUGACGUCAUUCUCGACGAGAACCAGUUGGAGGAUGCGUGUGAACACAUCGCGGACUAUUUGGAGGCGUACUGGCGAGCGACGCACCCCACGGAGACGCCGCAGGUCCCGCGGCCGCUGCCGCACGCCAUGCCGCACCCGUCGCACACGUCCACACACGCGCAACCUGAUCCCCCCGCGCAUCCCGGCGGCCACCGCGAGCGCGCUGACUCCUACAGCUAUGACCGGGACAGAGGUGGAAGGUCUCGACAGCCGCGGCCGGACCGGCUCGAGGAGGAGUACUACCCGCGCGAUCCGCGGGAGCUGCGGGACCCGCGGGACAUGCGUGACCUGCGAGACCCGAGAGAUUUGCGGGACAUGAGGGAUCCCAGGGACGCGAGGGAUCCGAGAGAUCCACGCGAGCGGUACGCGCGCUACGGCCGCGGGGAGGGCAGGGAGGCGCGAGAUCCCCGAGACUACGAGGGCUACGCCGCAGAAGGCUACGGGCGGGAGGCAUACGGGCACGACUACACGCGCGACGCGUACGCCCGCGAGGAGUACGAGCGCGGCUACGGGCGGGAGUACCCGCGGGAGGGCUACGGGCGGGAGGAGCGGGCGCGGCGCGAGCGGGAGCCGGCGGAGGAGUACGGGCCGUCGCGGCGCGCGCUCAACGCCGUGUAGCGCGCGCGCGGCGGGCCGCCCCCGCCGGAGUGAGUGGUGCUUGUGAACGGUUGUUUUGCAGACCCGCCGCCUCGACGAGCUCCCUCGUCGUUCCGCGGCCGCGGGUCUAGUUUCCGCGCUGUUUCGAUUCGCUGAGCUUUAGGCACGCUUGCGCGGAGGCCGAGGACUGUACGCGCGGCAGAUUAGGCUAGUAACACUGUCGCACUCGAAGUACGGAGCUCGCGUGGAAUGUAUAAAUUUUACAUAAAACAUAAUUUUAGUACCGAUUAGAUAUUAUCCAUUUCCCAUUUUUUGAACAUACAUACUCUGUAAUUAUAUUGCAUCGUCUGUACUUCAUUGUUGCAAUCAUUUGUAAAUAAAAUACUUUAUAUCGAA